AUGUCACCUUCGCCGGGCGACGAGCAACCACCCUACGAGGCGAAGGGCACUGGCGGUUUAGCUGGUGUCUUUAAAGGCUUCGGCGGCGGCGGCGGGAAACUGACAAAAUCUCCGCCGCCUCCCCAACAGCCUUUCGCGCCUAUCCCUCCGUCACAUGCCCUCGAGCGGCCCGAUAUUACCUCGCUACCGCCCGCCGUGAAUGGGAUCCCUCCAGAGCAUAUUGAGCUGUUUGGGCGUCUGAAGGAUGGGCAACUCGGAGAGCGGAUAGCUGCCGCAAACUCGCUUCGCUAUGCCAUAUCCGAUUUCCCCCUCAAUCCUGUCCUCGAAAUCUGGUACGCCGCCAAAGAUCUAAUCGACCCGGUAAACCCGACAAAUGCUCGCCACCUCGCAUGGGAACUCCUUACCGAGUGUAUCAAGUAUCCGUCUUCUACCGACCUGGAGCGGCGCGAGUACUUUCAGACUGUGACCGCCACGGUGCAUCCCCAGGACUUCCACCUCCAGCUAGCUGCGCUCGAGGACCUGACAAAUCGGGGCCGCAAUGUCUCCGGUUUCUACUAUGAUAUCUUCCCGCUCCUCACACGAUGGCUGCAGGAGGCUUACAAGGCUGCGAGAAGCGCUCGGAGACAGGCAUCUCGUGGGGGUAGCAAGGCUUCCAAGGGCAAGGCACUGUCAUCCGGGGAGGACAAGAACCUGUCGCAGCUGAUAACGCUGAUCAAGGACGUCAUCAAAUUCAACUUCAAGUUUGCCACGGAUGCCGUGGUAGGGACUUUGAUGGACAUACUUCUCAGGAUAUGCAUGAACACAAGUGUGGAAGAUGAUUUGAGGGCAUGCAUCAACGUCAUUGAUGCCGUGGUCACCUUCGGCGCCAUCCCGAACGACAAGCUGAAAGACUGCAUGCAGGUCCUAAGCUCGGUCCACUGCCUCGUUCCCAACCUGCAAAAGGACUCGUGGCACACAAUAUCCAACAUUUGCCGAUCACAUCAUGGCCAGUCGACUGUCAGGAUAUUACUGGACCUUCUACGGACAUAUCCUAGCGCGCCCGAGAAGGACAAGGAGAAGGAUUCGGUGAGGGACGUCCGGGGUGCCCUCUCGGUCCUCAAGAAGCUCAUGUCCAAAUCCGCUGAAAAGGGAUAUCCGUCUGUUCCGCUGGCGCUCCUCGUAGACGGGCUGGCAACAGUUUCCAAGAGCAGCUCAACGAGGGUAGCAAGCGAGGUUUUGAAGCUGAUCAAUUCGCUGUUCGAUGGCCCCAACGGCAGCGUAAAUCCUAUAGUAGCCGAAGAGCACUGGUCUGCAAUCUUCUCGGUGGCUGCGCAAUGCGCGACCAAGGCCGUUUACUCACCUGCCAAAGACCCCGGCGCCUCACUCUUGUCGCCAGGGUCCAAAGAGGAACAAGAAACGGAGGAUGGCGUGGCGCUACAGUUAAAGUUUCUGAUCGGCAGGAUAGAAAGUCUGCUCACUCAGGAGAGUUCUGAAUUCUUGCAGCGCGACGAUUGCAUAGAGUUCUUCACCCAGGUCCACCAUGUUCUUUCCGACUCCGCCGCCAGUCUCGUGAUUGCACACUUCAAAGAGCACCGGAGUUGUUUCCCCUCCGAGGUGGACUGGCAGAAGAAUCUCAACCUUGUGUUGGACGGCUUCUAUCUCAACCGGAAUCGAGACCCGCUCACUCGGCUCCGUGCUUUGGAGCUCAUGGUCGAGGUGCACAAUUUCCUCCAUCUUGCCCAAGACCUUGUUCAAGAGGAGUCGGUCGUUGAACUUGUCCAGCGGAUACUUUGUGAGCUGGCAGCCGAGGAUAACACGCUUGUCCUCCAGGAAACAGUUGCGUUUCUGGUUGAUGUAGCCGGCACCGCAGGUACUCGCCUCGUUGAUGAUAUUCUCGAUGCGUUCAAGGCCGUGGUUGCCAAGGAGAUGUCCAAGUCGCCGUUGGCCAUGCUAGCAGCCCCCAGGACUGCCCUGCCCUUUUCUUCCAGCCAAACUGUCUACUUCGCGAACCAGAGCCUUUCCAACGUGGUGACCAGGGGGUAUGUCCAGAUUUUCAUCCGUGGAAUGAGAAUUGACGGUUCAAAGUCGGCUAAGGCGUUCACUGCGCUUGUUCACAUUGCUCGCUCAAACUCUUGCGAAGUCGAUGCUCGACUCACGGCUAUGAAGAUGCUAUUUCGCCUCCGGGCCGAUUCUGAGCAUCAAGUCUAUCUUACCACGCUGACCGAAAACGAGAGCCUUGCUGGAGUGCUUUACCGGACCGAGUCAUCCCUCGCGCGGAAACUAGCGGAUGAUGCGGCUCAGCCGCCCAGGUUGUCGAGGGCAGACCACGGCGGCCCGAGGCCAUCCCGGGGCAUAUCGUUCACCCAGGGGCAGACGACAGAUCGGGGGAUUCCGAUUCGGUCCGCCUCUACUCCAAAACCCACCAUUCACCAAGGUCAGAGGCUUUGGUCGGUACCUGACGCGGAUGCGUUGCCAGAAACCCCACCGGAUAAGCCAAGCAGGCUGGUCCUGUCCCAUAAAAGGGACUCGUGCGGAAAAGACCACGCUGUUUUGGGUAUGACGUCCUGGUUAGAUGCAUUGUUGAGCCUCUUCCACCAGGGAUGCGACUGGGAGGUGUACAGUUUCAUACUGGUGCAUCUUCCAGCGCAACUCGCCAACCACCCCAUCUUCAAAGAUGCGAUAACUCAUAUCCAGGAGCUCCGACGUCUCCUGUGCGAGAUGAUCCGCAUGAACAGCUUCCUGGAGCCGCCGAAUUCAUCGGGGCUUCGUCGCACUGAUGUGGCUAAUUGCCUGUUCCACUCUCUCGUUAUCCUCCUAAGCUACCACCAGCAUUUCCAGAAGAUGGACGAGGACGAGAUUGUGAGAACAUUUACACAUGGGAUUACAGACAAGACCGCAAAGACAUGCAUCCACGCCCUCUCAGUGUGCUGCCACGAGCUGCCGUUAUCAGUCAGCAAAUCCCUCGUUACCAUUUUGCAGAAGAUGUCGCAAGUCAUCACCCAGCCGUUUGUGGCGAUGCACAUCCUCGAGUUCCUGGCCUGCCUCAGCCGGCUGCCCUCGCUGUACUCGAAUUUCCGGGAGGAUGAGUAUCGCAUCGUGUUCGGCAUCUGCAUCCGAUACCUGCAAUACGUGCGUGAGAAGAAGCCCUCGUUGCGAGGCAGCGUCAUUAGCGAGCCGUCAACCCCCAGCAUCGUUGUAGCUAGCCACCCGGAUGUCCUCGGUCAACAGCCUGUCACCGACGAUCUCCCACAGUACGUAUACGCUCUUGCGUACCACGUCAUCACAUUCUGGUUCCUUGCGGUCAAGAUGCCAGAUCGGCCAGGCCACAUUGGUUGGAUCGCCAAGAACCUCUUCACCGACGUAGAUGGAAGGGCGAGCAAUGAGGAGCAAGCGCAGAUUACCCUAGAUUUCAUGCAGCGUGUGGCUUUCUCAGAUGCCUCUGAUUCAGCUCAAGAUCCUCUCUUCACCGAGGAGUAUUUUGGCGAGAUCCAUCAAAAGCGCUGGAUCAUUGGGAACAGCAUCAUCACGAUUCGUCAAGCACAGGAGGCUGGCUGGGCCGAGAUUACGCGCCGCUACCCUUCGGGCACAUCGUCAUUCGCGAUCCGCGUCGAAUAUUCCCCCACACCCAACCAGCCUGCCCCUGACGGGUCCGAUGCUGCGGCGUGGGAAGGACGCUUCCAGCACGGCAUCACCAUAUUCCCCAGCCAUCUGUUAAUGCAGCUGUUGGCCCCGAUGCCGCAGAUAUACGAUCCAGCGAUCCGCCCUAUCCCGCUUCCAGACGAAGAGGCAGUCGAUCGAGCAAUCCGCAACUUUGACCGCAACUCGGCAGUUGAUUCGCACAAAGUUGGCGUUAUCUACAUCAAGGAGGGGCAAACGAACGAGGCGGACAUACUUGCCAACACGAUUGGCGGGCCUGACUAUCUGGAGUUCCUCAAAGGUCUAGGCCCCUUGACUCGGCUGAAAGGGGCCACCUUUAACACACAGGGUUUGGACCGUGAAAACGACAUUGACGGGCAGUACACAUAUUGCUGGCGGGAUCGCGUGACAGAGAUUGUGUUCCACGUAACGACGCAAAUGCCAACCAAUCUCGAGACGGACCCGCAGUGCAUCAUGAAGAAGCGGCACAUCGGAAAUGACUUUGUCAACAUCAUCUGGAACGACUCGAGCCUGCCCUUCAAGUUCGACACCUUCCCAUCCCAGUUCAACUACGUCUACAUUGUCAUCACGCCCGCGCCGCGGUAUUCGUUUCUGGCCUCACGGGAGAUGGCCAGAAAGCGGCAGGAAGAGCGCAAGGCCGGCGGCAGCGGCAGCAGCCCGUCACCAUUCUUCAUGGUCCAGGUCAUGAGCCAGCCGGGGUUCCCCGAGAUCUCGCCGGCCGCGGAGCCAAAGAUGGUCAGCCUCAAGGCGCUGCCCAGCUUCGUCCGCCUGCUCGCGCUCAACGCCUCGGUCUUCUCCCUCGUCUGGGCCAAUCGAGAAGGUGGCGAGCAUGUGUCCUCGUGGCGCAACCGUUUGAGAGAGAUCAACAGGCUCCGCGAACGCUACGGGCCAAAGACGGCGCACGGCUACCCGGCUGUCGCCCCCUCGCCGCCCCCGGCCUCCUCCGCCCUCAGCCCUGUCGCCGCAGGCGGUUUGCCCGUCAUGAGUACCCAUGGGCAUGGGCACGGGCACGGGCAUGGACUGGGGCUUCACCAGCAGGGAAUGAGCCAGCCUGCGCUAGGAAGCACGGUCGUGGGAGGCGGCGUCGGAAGCGGCAGCGGAGAGAGUGUUGGCGCUGGCGGAGGCGUUGGCGGCGGCGGAGGAUCGCGGCCGGCGAGCGGCGUGCGCGAUAGUUUCAGCAGCUUGAGACGGUCGUCGGUGGCUACCUUCUUCACGAGCGCCAGCACGGACCAGACGACCACGUCGCACCGCUCGUCGAUGCUCUCGACGGCGACGACGGAGAAUGCAGAGGUGCUCAUGCAGCAGCAGCCUAGCACUGCCGAGGCGUUGGUGGAUUCGGUGGAUUUCUCCAAGUGGACUUGA